AUGGCUGUACGGGUUGCGGUUGUUGUGGUCGGGAUAUUGUUAUGCGCAAUGGCUGCCGUACGCCGGAUAGACCCCGACAGUCAAGAAGAGUUCUGGGAAACAAUUAAGGAUACGAAACGAGUGGAGAAGGUCAUGUUAGAUGAAGAAAACGCAGUCAAUAAGCCAGACGGUACUGGGCGAUGGCUCAAAUUUGUGGCCAUCUCGGACACGCACGAUCAGCUGGGAGCUUUGGUUGAAAAAAUCGGAAUUCCCGAUGGAGACGUCUUGAUACAUUGCGGCGAUAUGACCAACAAGGGUGAAAAGGAGAAGCUGGAGACGUUGAAUGAAGAAUUUGGCAAACUACCUCAUAAGUACAAAGUGGUGGUGGCCGGAAAUCACGAUCUAGGCUUCGACGAUACUGAAGAUUGGAGCAAACGCCAUUAUAAAUACCCAACUGACGGAACACGGGAAGGAUAUAAGCUUCUCACAAACGUACAGUGGCUUCAGGAUCGACUGAUAGAGAUUGAGGGCAUCAAAAUCUACGGCAGCUCUUGGCAUCCGCUACGAGGUCAUCCGUUCUACAUGGCUCGUGGCCCAGGAAUGGCUGAAAAAUGGAAAAUGAUGCCGCAGCAGGUUGACGUCCUGAUGACGCACGCGCCACCGUUGGGAUAUCUCGAUCAGUUCGGUGCCGAGCGAUGGGGAGAUUAUGAUUUGCUGCAGGCGAUUGAAGCACGCAAUCCAAAAUUCCACGUCUUCGGCCAUGUUCACGAACGAUACGGGGCCCUCUCUAACGGAAACACGACAUUCAUCAACGCCGCAUCGUGCCAAAAAUCAAAUGUACUCGCGAACAGGCCAAUCGUUUUCUAUGUGAAAGUUCCAGGCAGU